AUGCAACGUCACGUCAAAGUCGACGGUAAGGUCAGAACCGACACCACCUACCCAGCUGGUUUCAUGGAUGUCAUCACUCUAGAUGCCACCAACGAAAACUUCAGAUUGGUCUACGACGUCAAGGGUAGAUUUGCCGUUCACCGUAUCACCGAAGAAGAAGCCUCUUACAAAUUGGGUAAGGUCAAGAAGGUCCAAUUAGGUAAGAAGGGUGUUCCAUACGUCGUCACCCACGAUGGUAGAACUCUAAGAUACCCAGACCCAAACAUCAAGGUCAAUGACACUGUCAAGAUCGAUUUGGCCUCUGGUAAGAUCACCGACUUCAUCAAGUUCGACGCUGGUAAGCUAGUUUACGUUACCGGUGGUCGUAACUUGGGUCGUAUCGGUACCAUUGUUCACAAGGAAAGACACGAUGGUGGUUUCGACUUGGUUCACAUCAAGGACUCCUUGGACAACACUUUCGUCACCAGAUUGAACAACGUUUUCGUCAUUGGUGAACAAGGUAAGCCUUACAUUUCUUUGCCAAAGGGUAAGGGUAUCAAGUUGUCUAUUGCUGAAGAACGUGACAGAAGAAGAGCUCAACAAGGUUUAUAA